ACCCGGAAGUGUCAGCCCCGUUUCCAUCGCCGUUCCGUCCGAAAUGGCGGAUCUCCACCGCCAACUGCAGGACUACCUGACGCAGGGUAAAGCGAACAGGCCGGCGGCUGCGGAGCCGCUGCUCGCCGCGAGGACAGCAGAGGAGCCGGCGGCGGCCGGGGACCGAGCUGCCGGGGCGUGGCUCGGCCGCACGGCUCUGCGAUGGCCGUGGGCGCGGAGCCCUGCAGAGCCGCCGCCCGCCGGCUCGCGGUGCAUCCCGGCCGUGACUCGCGGGCAGCGCCUGGCGGCCGGCGGCCUGUGCCUGCUGCUGGCCGCGCUCUGCUUCGGCCUGGCGGCGCUCUAUGCACCGGUGCUGCUGCUGCGCGCGCGCAAGUUCGCGCUGCUCUGGUCGCUGGGCUCGGUGCUGGCGCUGGCGGGCGCGGCGCUGCUGCGGGGCGGCCCGGCCUGUGGGCGGCUGCUGCGCGGCGAGGAGACGCCUUCGCGCCCCGCGCUGUGCUACGCGGCCGCUUUGGGCGCCACGCUCUACGCGGCCCUGGUCCUGCGCAGUACGGUGCUGACGGCGCUCGGCGCCUGCGCACAGGUAGCCGCCCUGCUCUACGUGCUGCUGGGGCUCCUACCCUGGGGCGGCGUGACGGCGCUGCGCCUGGCGCUGGGUCGCCUGAACCGCGGGGCGGGCCUAGCCAACGCUCUCCCGGUGUGACAGCCCCAGUCUCAGGAUGCGGAGCCAGCCGGCCGAGCGACGGUGCAGGCACCGCCGCAC